AUGCAAUCAUUGAAACCACCAACAGUACGGACCCGAUGGGCCACACAAGAGCAAGAUAUUCCGAAAUUGGGUAGGAUAAAAUGCAAUAAAAUCCGCAUCCUUGACGACAACCAUGGGGCGGGAGAAGCGCCACUCCCAGAAAUGUGCCCCGUGUGGUUUUUUAAAUCCCAUUUUCUCUCUCCUUAUUUUGCCACUUGGCCUGACGCAAUUGGAAGGGUAGAUCAACAGAGACGCCACCCCGAUACAACGAAGCCAAAGGCGGAAUUGCAUAUCACUGCGACCCUUUCUCGUUGCGAAUGGAAAAGCGAAGUCAAAGCACCCAAAGAGCCAAAGCCGCACCCCACGCCCGCCCCUCACGCGGAACUCUCUCCGACCGCCGCCGCCCAAAUUACCUUGGCAAGGGCAAAAACAACGCCCCAUUAA